GAAUAAAACGCCUCCAGUGAGAAGAAGGAAAACUUUUGCUCGCGGGGUCCUCGUGGGGUUCGUGUUUUUUCUGAGCUCAGGGUCCGUCUGUCUGUCUGACCCCGCCUGAAGCUCCCGCACGUGAAGCCUUCAGAAGGCCCAGACCAGCAGGAUGUCGACCACAUCUCAGAAGCACCGGGACUUCGUCGGCGAGCCGAUGGGAGACAAGCCAGUGACGGCUCUGUCUGGGAUCGGAGACAUCCUGGGGAAGAAGCUGGAGCAACAAGGCUUCGACAAGGCCUACGUGGUGCUCGGUCAGUUCCUGCUCCUGAAGAAAGACACCGAGAUGUUCACCGAGUGGCUCAAAGACGCCUGUGGUGCCAACUCCCGUCAGGCGGGGUCCUGCGCUCAGUGUCUGAGGGAGUGGUGCGACGCCUUCCUCUGAGACCCCGCCCCUCGCAUAGGCCCCACCCCCUGUGCAGACUCCACCCCUCAUACAGACCCCGCCCCUCGUACAGGCCCCACCCCCUGUGCAGACCCCACCUGUUAUAUAGACCCCACCCCUCGUACAGGCCCCGCCCCCCGUGCAGACCCCACCUGUUAUAUAGACCCCGCCCCCUCCCGUUCUUCCACAGCUCGCUCACUGCCUGCCUUUGAAGCUAUCAGAGCUAUUGUCUGCUGGGCUUAAAGUGACUCUGCUGCCGCUGCCGUGAAACGGCUUCAGGUGGCCGACAGGCGUUUGUUCACCUGUUUAAUUAGCUUGUUUCAUUGGGGAACGUUUACAUGAAUAAAACCUUUGUGUCCAAA